AGCUCGAUUCGCCCUGACGCGCGUAACGCUUUUUUCCCGCAUCACUUUCCUCCACUUUGGCGCUGAAAAAAUCUGCACAACAAUAAAAGGAUGCACCAAACCGAAUUUGCAACCAACUGCACCUAAGCCGGAUACCGAAAUCAACAAUUAUUUUACCGAUCCACGUUUAGCCCAUGUAGAAACGAAUAAUAAAUUAGUGCGCGAACUAAAAACCCGUCAAAACGAGAAUGGGCCUAGCCCAAAAUAAAACUUUUUCGUUUAAUUUUCAACGUUUAUUUAACACAAUCAAUUAAAACAUAAUCAAAACACAAGAUUUACUUGAAGUAAAUUGCGUUUAAGCUCGAUUACAAUAAAUAUAAAUGUGAAAAGUGUGCAAUAAUUAGAGAAAUUUCUAAAAGAAAUUCUUAGGUGCGUUAUUCGUAAAUUGCAUUAUUGCGAAUGCAAAAAGCAAAUGUUAUGCAACUUAAAGUUACAAGCUAAAACAUACAAAAAGUAAAUCGAAAACAAAUAACCAACUAAAACGCAGUACAUACAGAUAAAUGUAUAUAUAUAACGAAGGCAUGUGUGUAUAUAAAGGAGUUUGAGACCUCGAAACCAGGACUUCGCCAAGGACUACGGAUUGCAACACUUUGCCGCCAAGUUCUUUGGUUGGCUUUUAAAGGAAACCCACCAAAAAUUAAGAAAACCUAAUCUGAAACAAAGUCGAAGCGCGGAACUCCGAAUGCCCACCUGAGCACCACCCCCGCCCGGAAGCACCUGUGCCCGGAAAACCAGAACCCCGGGCAUUCGCACUCACGCACGCAAGCGCAGGAUUCUGGGAAACAAAAGUUCGACAGGAGUGGAACAAAUUUCGGGAGCUAUAGAAAUUACUUUUGCUUUGAUUCCGCCUUUUGUUUCAAUCGCCCAGCCGAAAAUGUGGAGGAAAGCGAACAGGUUGGUCAGGGAAACCACCUCGUGGAAAACGCGUCGUCAGGGACAAACGGAAGCCCUAUCAGCAGCAGUAGCCACAACAAAACCAUCGACCAGGAGGAGCACGUCGACCGCACGAGGAUUACCCAUCAGCAUCAUCACAUGGUCGCAGCUCGCUGUUGUUGCUGCUGUUGCAGUGCUCCUGCAAUGCCACGUCUGUCAAGCCGCCGGAAGAGCUCCACCGGAACCCUACUACGGUCGCUAUAUCGGAGACUUUACCAACUUUGCUCAUGGCAUCAAGGGUCAAAUCUACGCGGUGGACGAGUCGACGCUGUUCGUCAAAUCCUUUGCCUACGACGGCACCGGACCGGACGCCUUCUUCUGGGUGGGCAAGACGGCACGGCCCAGUCCCGAGGGCUACAUCAUUCCCUAUCCGGAGGAGUACACGGGCAUGGAUCCACCCAUUCUGCAGGCGCACAACCGAACGGACAUCAUACUGCGCUUACCCAUGGGCAAAAGGAUUAAGGACAUUCGAUGGCUGUCAGUGUGGUGCAGACGCUUCACGGUUGAUUUUGGAGAGGUGUUCAUACCACCCAAUCUGGAUGUGCCCAAGCCACGGGUAUUGCCCGAAUUCAAGCGAUUGGCCCACGGCCUGCGUUCCAGCAACAUCAGUGUGCUGGAUGCCAAGACGUUCUACAUACCCAACCUGCACUACGACGGAGCUGGACCUGAUGCCUACUUCUGGGUGGGCAAUGGCAGCGAACCAAACAUCAUGGGCAUAAAGGUUCCCAAUGAGAGUGGUUCGCUGGAACCCUUGCGCGGCUAUCAGGGCGAGGACAUUGAGAUCCAAUUACCGGGAAGUCUGACCGUUUACGACAUCGAUUGGCUGGCUGUGUGGUGCGUGGAGUACAGGCACAACUUCGGACAUGUCUAUAUACCACGGGAUCUGGAUGUUCCACCAGCAUUGGGACAAACCAAAAUCACGCCUUCAUGGUGGUAUUCACCCACCACGACGACGCCGCGUCCAGUGUACAGCAACUGUCGCGAGAUCCUGCCGAAUAAGCUGCAGGUAAAGUGGGAGCUCCAGGGCGACUACCUGCAGGUGGAACUCUUCGGACGCAUCACCGAGGAUCAGUACAUGGCCUUUGGGCUAUCCGGAGCGAAUGGUCGAGCCCAGAUGUCCCAGUCCGAUGUGGUGGUGGCCUUCUACGACACCACGACCCGCGUGUUCCGGGCAGAAGAUUACUUUAUCUCGGACUUGUCCCAAUGCGAUGGCCAGCGUGGUGCUUGUCCCGACGAAAGAAUCGGAGGACGCAAUGAUGUGAUUGUCUUGAGCGGUGAUAGGAAGAAUGGGGUCACCAGCAUCCGCUAUAAGCGCCUGCUGCAACCCAAUGAUGCCAUCUACGAUGCCCCAAUACCCACUGAUCGCGAUGUGUCGGUCAUAGCAGCCAUCGGACCACUUAAUGCCCGGAAGGAGGCCAAUGCCCACUCGCACACCGCCAGUGAUCACAACCAGGACGACAUUCGCAUCAACUUCUCGGCGAGGAACGAUCAUGCCUGCAAGAGUUCACUGUACGAUGUGAAGGACGAGAGUGGACCCAGGCCAUGGCCCACGCGCAAGAUCGAAGGUGUCAGGAAGUUCCGUGCCAGCAUUGGACCCACGGGCGGCAAACGUGGAUAUACCUCCAUUACGGGUGUGCCCUCGUGGGGCAUUGCCUGGUAUGUGAACGAUCUGCUGAUCCCUGAAAUCACUGUGGAACGUGGCCUGACUUACGAGUUCAUCAUCGAGGGCGGCAAUGAUCCUGGUCAACCAGCUAGAUAUCAUCCGUUCUACAUCACGGACUCGCCCGAAGGUGGACUGGGUCAGAAGAUGGGUCUCGAGGCGCGCAAACAGAAGGCCUAUGCUGGUGUGGAAUACGACGAGGAUGGCAAUGCUAUUCCAACUGGAGCUGGUCGCUAUUGCGAAUGGGAGCACCAAACCAUUGAUAAAUCUGCGGAAAUCGAGACCUUCGAGGAGUACAUGAAAACCUUGGUGUUCAAGUGCGAGGAUGGUGAACCAGGUUAUCUCAACUGGACGGUGCCCACAAAUGCUCCCGAUGAGCUUUACUAUCAGUGCUUUACACAUAACAAUCUCGGCUGGAAAAUAAACGUCGUGGACAUGGGCUCCUCCGGUGGAUCCAAAGUCAGCAGUCACCAGUAUAUUUUAUACGGAAUUUUCACAGUAUUUAGCCUGGUCGCGACACGCCUUCCCUUUUUGGGUCACGUACUUGCCUGAUAGUGCCAGUAUAUGGUUUAAAUUCUAGAUGUCUAGACAGAAUCUUCGGCAGAUGAGGUCCUGUGAUCUGAAUCCUGAUCUUUGCAUAUCCAUUAAAAUUACACCAUAUCCCGCCCAAAAUUUACAGCAUAUCCAAGUUCCAACUUAUUAAUACGAAUUUAUAUUUUUCACACUAAGACGAUCGGGAAACUCAACUGUCGAGGAUUUUUGGCCACUUGGCGACUUUCACAACCAGGCUAAUAUCAUCUGAAAAACAUAUCUUGACAAUAAUUCGUAAGAUGUAAAACUGUUGAAAUUGUGUGUGCAUGCGUGAGGGCCCACAGUACUGCUACAGUGGGCGUAGAAUGGGUGUUGAGCCACGGCCGGAACUUGAUCGGUUGUUGGCAGUAGAUUUUUGUGGCUA